AUGGCAGCCCGUCAAGGCAGCAGGAGGACGAAGGCAGACCAGUGGCUGUUUGGUGGGAAGUGGAGGGGAACCUCAAAGGAGUCAAGGCAUCCUGUUGUUUCGGAGGCUAAGCCUCCGAAUCCUCCUGUCGUUCAGAAGGAUGAAGGCAUCUGCCUUGAGAAGUCUAGAGUGCAUGUGUCCGGUCUGGAGCAGAGAAAGAGCAUCGAUAUUGCGCCCGGGAGGAGGUCAAUGCCGGAGAUGGAGAUAAACAUGAAAGAAGUUGUUCCUGUGCUCGGGGUGAAGGUCAUGGCUGCAGACAUGCCACCGUUCAUGCAGUUGCAUGCCUUCCGGUGCGCUAAGCGAUCCCAUGAUAGCUUGGACAAGUUCAGUUCAAGGCAGCUGGCUCAUGAUGUGAAGAAGGAGUUUGAUAAAGUGUAUGGGCCCACGUGGCACUGCAUCGUCGGCACGAGCUAUGGCUCCUUCGUGACGCAUUCCCGAGGCUGUUUCCUCUACUUCUCCAUGGACAAAAUCAUCGUGAUGCUGUUCAAGACCAAGAUAAGGAAAGUGUUGGCAUCCUGAGCCCCUGUAAUGAGAAGAUGACAUACUUUUGCGCCCAUCAUGAAGGGUUCGGUCGGUCCAGCUCUAUGAUAUCGACGCUUGUAAAAUAUUGGUGCCUGGAGCUGAAGAGCUAACUUGAAUUAUUGUUGUUUGUGAGUGGCAACUUGCUACUGAAGGGUGAACGUGGGGCCGUACUGCAGCGCCCUUGUUGUAGACUAAAUUAACAGUUGGAAACGAUGAUAAGAGUGCUUGCUUCGGUGGUGUGUGCUUCGCUGAGGGACAGUUUCUGGCCUGCCAAGCUGCAGCGAUCCCGGUCAAGGUCACGUUGUAAGAUUCCUGAUUGGCAGAUCUGUUGUCUGCAGUAGCCCAUAGGAAGGGCCACCGUAAGGCAUGACUUGGUCACGCUGAAGCACUGUAGUCUAGCAUGCUAUUCUACCUUUUUCCAUACGAAAUUCCAGACGGAUUUUUCUUUUUGUUUUUUGCACUAAGGGUGGCCAUGAUGUUUGUCACUUAUAAUCAUGAAAAUUUAUAGUAGCCUUUCAUUC